CUUCACGCUUCAAUGGGUUUGACCCGGGUUGACAUGAACCCUGGAAGUGGCAUGUGGCUAUGGCUGCUACGAACAAGCUAUAAUAUAGGACUAAACGUUGACGAUAAAAGAAAAACAUUGUAUAAAUAGAAUCGGGAGGGUCCACGGCAACAAAGAAGAUGCCAACUGACAGAAGGCGAAGGGCGGGCCGUGAUGGUGUGACAACUGAGAAGCCGAAGCAUGUGGUGUCCUCAGCAGAAGACAGUGCUGUUGAAAAUUCUCCUUCAGAAGAAUUCUCCAACCAGUCAAGCUCAUCGAAUAUGUUUUGGAAAGCUUUGAAUGUUGGGAAGUAUGUUGUGUUGUUACUGCUCCUGCCAGCAAUCCUAAACCAUGCAGCCCUGUUGAGAGAAGCCCAAUACUUGAUACCACCCGGUGGUGAAUUGUAUGAUAUUGGUUGGGGUCAGAAAUUGUUGUUGUCAUGCAAUGGUACAGGACCGCCAACUGUUCUGUUAGAUGCACCCACUGGUAUGAGCUCAGAUGUGUGGUACUUCAUCCAACCAGAACUGGCUAAAGUAACAAGGGUUUGCACAUAUGAUAGAGCAGGAAUAGGAUUCAGUGAGCGUGCUCCAAGGAAUGCCAGUGAUAGCAAUAAUUCUCUUAUGGGUGAUAGUCGAGCAGAAGAGUUCACAGUUGAAAGAAUGGUUGAUGAUCUCCAUCAACUACUUACAGUGAGCAGUGACCAACCAAAACCAUUCAUCUUUGUGGGGUCUGAAUUGGGCUCCUUGGUUGCCAGGUUUUACACACAAUUGUAUGAAAAUGAGGUGUCUGACCUUAUUUUGAUUGAUCCAUUGGUUGAGGGUUUGUUCAGCAUUGACAAAGGAAUAUGGGGAAAAUUCUGGUUUGAUUAUUUAAUACCGUCAUAUCAAUCCCUUCAACUAUCUGCGGCUGUUGGUGCUUCUAGAAUUGGCUUAUUGUUAAAUUUGAUGAAUCAACCAAUGAAAAAUUCUGAUCUACCUGAAGAUGUUGACUACCGACAGAAAUAUCUUAUGUGCCAACCACACCAUCUCAGUACUGUUGUUGAUGAACAUUAUUUUAUAAAUGCAAGUUUAUCCCAGAUAAGCACUGCAUGGCGUAUCAAACCAUUCCCAAAACAUGUUGGUGUUACGGUCGUUACUGGUAACUACUAUGAUGAACAACUGCCUAAUACGUUGAAUAAGGCCUGGGCUAAGGCACAGCAACACCUCAUAUCUAAUCUACACCCAGGGAGCAAGCACAUUCUCCUGAAUGGUGCAGACCACACAAUGCCAUACAGGAACCCCAAGGCCCUGUUGGAGCCAAUUAGAAGGAUUGUAAGACAGAGAAAACUAAGUUUAUCAAAUGGAAAACCAAAGAGGAAAAUUGAAUUUGGGACUGUGGAUAGGUGACGUGGUGUAGUGUUUUAAGUUUUCAGUAAAGAUUUAUUCUUAUCGAUUCAGGGCUGUUAGCCCAAUUGCCGCCCACUACCUCUAAGAUUUCUCACAGACAGGAGAUGAAUUAAAGACUAAACACAUUGAAUACAAUUUACACCAACAUGCAAAAAAAUGAAUUUCAAAUCGAAUAUUCAUAAACAUAAUUUUUUUGAUUUCAAAGUUGAGAGGGAGCAGGUUGCCACAGGGGCGGUGCCAGUGGGAUUAUGGAGGUCAUUCUCCCCCCCACCCCCUCUUUGGACAAGCAUUUAUGAAAUAAAUUGAAAUAAAAAUGCCAGUGAGCAGACAGAUUUGAAAACCUGACGAUUCCAUGGUUUGCACAUUAUGUGGAGUAUUUAAUGUAUGUCAAUUAAAAGAAUCUAGAAAAUACAGUACUGUAUUUUGUAUUUGGAGGAAAUACUUGUUCUGUUGGUAAUGGAAAAAGGGAAAACAAAAUAAGUAGAUGUUCAAGGGUACUUAAUGGAAUUGUAUAUUGAGCUGAAUGUGUUAAUUCACGCCCAUCUCACAAGCCUUACACAUAAUAAGGAUUAAGGACACUCAUAAGUACUAUUAUAGUGGCAUAAUCUAAUAAACACUUUGUUUUUAAGUUUAAAAUGUUGAUGACUUAAAUGAGCAAUUCAUUGUUUUUAUUAAAGAAAGUACUGUAUGAUUUUAGUACAGAAGGUAUAUCUUUAUCAUAUUUUCUAACUUUUUUUUACUUCGAAUGACAGAAAUUUCUUCAGUGACAUCUGGUUCCCAUUGUCAUAUCUAGGUAGGGGUUUACCAUGUCGAAGGGUAUAGGAAACAAUUGGACAAUGAGGGAGAUAAAUGGGAAUGAGGUGAUAAAAUAUGAAGUAAUUUUGAGCUUCUUCAGUAAUUGUUUUCAGAGGGAAAUGGGACCCUGGAGGAAAUGUUUUUGUUCUCUCUAUCCCACCACUUCUUUACCCUGUUGGUUUCUGGUUUUUAAAAAAUAUUAAUUUCAACCAUCUAUGCCGUCGCUUUCUUUCUGUAAUAAUAGCAUAUUUCAAAGUUCACUUCAAGUGAAUAGCAUUCCAUGCAUAUUUGUUGUUAUUGUUUAGGGAUUUAGUCCAACUUGUUUGCACUUCGAACGUUCGGUUGACAAAUUCAGUAAUAAAGAUUUGAUCCUGGUUUUUCUUGUCUGCUCCA